UAUGUUGAUUGUUAACUCCAACUACUCCUUGACCAUGUUGUAUGUUGAGCGAUCGUUUGAUAAAUGGAAAUAUUGAAGUACCACAGUCAGUGAUCCCAGUGAAUAUCGAUUUCUCCCUCUUCAAGUAUCACAUCUAGUGACAGUGAGAAUGGAUAGCUGUAUGUUCAGCGACAACUCAAGCUGCCCGUUCUACGAGGACCGUUUCACGAACGAUAGCAGCGGUCUCAACGACUCAAGUUGGCCUGCCUGCUCUGACGGAGUCCCCGGCAUGCUUUUCUCGGCCUACUUCCAGGCAGCCAUCUAUCUGACCUACUCGGCCAUAUUCGUCGUGGCUCUAGUGGGCAACGGGCUAGUCUGCUACGUGGUUUUGUCGUCGGCCCGCAUGCGCACAGUCACCAACAUAUUCAUAGUGAACCUGGCUGUCGGCGACAUCAUGAUGACCGUGCUCUGUGUGCCGUUCAGCUUUGUCAGCACGCUCAUCCUGCAGUACUGGCCGUUCGGCGCCCCACUUUGUCACACCGUCAGCUUCUCGCAGGCCGUGUCAGUGCUGGUGAGCGCGUACACACUGGUGGCGAUCAGCGUGGACCGGUACAUGGCGAUAAUGUGGCCGCUGCGCCCACGCAUGGGCAAGCGCCAUGCCAAGGUGGUGAUUCUGCUGGUGUGGGUGGUGGCCAUUGCUACCGCUCUGCCCAUCCCGCUGGUCACGCGACUCUACGAGCCUUCUCCCUGGCAUACCACCUGUCAACGGUCUGUUUGUAACGAGCACUGGGACUCGAACUUGGCUCGAGUGGUGUACGGAGUGACUCUGCUAGUUCUGCAGUACGCCGUUCCCUUCCUGGUGCUUGUCUUCACCUACACAAGCAUAGCAGUCGUCGUGUGGGGCAAACGACCUCCCGGGGAAGCUGAAAACGCCAGAGACACUAGGAUUGCUCGUUCAAAAAGAAAGGUAAACAUAAUUUGGAUUAUUCUCAAAUUAAUCAUUGAAUGA